AGAUGUAAAGAUAGUAUAGAAAUUUCUUAGAACUCAAAAUAUGGAAGAACUUAACCAACUCAAAUAAACUAGUAACUGAUACUUUCAUCUGAAAUUUACAUCCUUAACAAGAUAUAUGCUGAUUUUUCUUUGAGAUUGGAAAGAAAGUUUACCGCUUCACUGCUAUAUUAGUGUCACUUUUACUUUGUUUUAGAAUAAAAUAAUACAUGUGAUGUGAAUGUAGAAUAAUUCUACUUACUUCAUGCCCAUUGGCACUAUAAUUGCAGUUACACUUCCCUUGCAUUUAUUAAAUCUUUGUUCACAUCUCUCAUGUGAUUUGCAUUGUGUUUCUUUAUGGAUUGCUGUAUGGCCAACUAAUUCUUCAUAUACAUUCAUGUGCUUUGGUUCCUUUUGCCUUUUUUUUUUUUUUUUUUUAAGUUCUGCCUGUAUUAGUGUUUUAAGCUAGUAAUUUCUCCCAUUGAAUACAAUUUAAUUUUUUAUGCAGGGGCAACCCCCUGAUUGCAUACUAAAGGACGCAAAAAACACCAGCAAGCUAAGUUAUUCAAGUUUGCUUAGGAGCAUUAAUCCUAUGAGCAGAUCUAGAGUUUAUCAAGCUUUGGCAGAAGAAGAUAUUGAAGCUGAUGCCAAGGGCAAUGAUGUUGAUCUCAGUCUGAUAUUGAUCAAUGUGAAGCAUAUUACGAAGCUGCUAGGGGAACAAGGAAGAGAAGAAUAUAUGGUCUUGGAUCUCAAGCACAAAGUUAUCUGCUUUUUGUUGGAAAGAACAAAAUUAUGCACUAACAAUACUUGAUGGAUGUGUGGGUUCUUUUGGUAGUUGACAGCUUGAUGU